AUGGCUAAUAAGCAGGACGGUAUUAGUUUGAAGGUCUUGGUGGACAAGGAAAAGAACAGAGUUAUUUUUGCGGAAUGUGAUAAUGAUUUCGUCGAUAUUCUCUUCAGUUUCUUGACAAAUCCCAUGGGAACCAUUAUCAGGCUUGCCAGUAAACAUUCACUAUCCGCGAGGAUAGGUUGUAUGAACAAUCUGUACACAAGUGUUGAGAGUAUUGAUGUCCAGCAUUUCCAGAACAAAGUAUGUCGAACCAUGUUGCUAAGUCCUCGCAAUGGCGCCGAAUCUCAUUGCAUGAACCUGAAACUCAAGAUUGAUGAUGCUGAGCCUAGACAAUUCUAUAUCUGCUGGUCCAAUGAAUGCAGAACCUCCAAGUUUAAGCUCUUGAGUUGUUAUAGAGAAGCCAUUUGUGAAUGUGGAAAUGAGAUGUAUUCCGAGUUCUCCCCACCAGAGACGGCAAUACCUGCUGCAGAUAGAGUAGUUUUUGUCAAAGUAACGAACAGAUAUAUCAUUAGCGAUGAUUUACAAGUGAUGGUCCUCUGUUCAGCAACAAGCUUUUCUUUGUUGUCAAAGUCGGGGGUCAUGGACUGGAGUACCAUUGAGGAAAAGACUUUUAAUUUGGCAAUAAAUGAGGUUUUGGACCUGCUCGUGCGCGCGUUAGUAUCAAGGACACCUUUGACAGAAACUCUCCUGACACAUAAACCAGUACCUGAUCAGUUAAACUCUGUGUUCCAUUAUCAAGGUAGAUCAGCUGAAUCACUAAUUAAAGAAGAAAUUAUGAAUCAUGAGGAACGGGAUAUUUGUAUCAAUCUUUUUGUUAGCAAAACCAAGAACAUGGUUUGCUAUGCCGAAACAAAGAUAGACUUUGUUAAUUUGCUCUUCAGCUUCUUAACCAUACCACUUGGUCAUAUCGUAAAACAAGUUUACGGCGAUCGGUCUUUGAAAGGUUGCAUAAAUCACUUGUACCAGAGCAUCCAGGACCUUGAUGAACAAUGCUUCAAGUCAAGUGAACACAAGGAAAUACUAGUCAGUCCAAGGCUUGCUCCUGGUUUCAACUAUGAGAAUGUUCUAUUAGGAAUUGAAGACGCCUCGCCUCCGCCAUAUUACUACUGCUGGAGUAGAUAUAUGGGCGGGCAGCCGAAUAGUAACGGAAAUCUUGGUGGCUAUGAAGUAGGGCCAAUUGAAAUGACGGUUAUGAACUCAAAAUCUCAUGGCAAGGAUGGAAAAAGACGGGGUGGGUUCCUAAGAGGAAUGAAUUUGUUCACUGUGACCGAUAAUCUGAUCGUAAAACCUGUAUCUCCAAUCUUAGGCCUUUCCAUUCUCAACGAAUUGAAGGUGCCUUUCAGUGACAUUGAGGAGCGAACUGUGAAUGUGGGCAAGGAGGAGGCAAUGCGUCUUCUUCUAUCUUCUUUUGUUUCGGAAUCUGCUCUUACCAAUGCUUUCAUCAAGUGACUAAAUCAAAAGACUGGUGAAAUUCCCAGUGCUAUAUUUAUCAAGUGUUAAAUUUAUCUGCUCUUACCAACGCUUUCAUCAAGUGUUAUAUUUAUCUGCUCUUACCAACGCUUUCAAUAUUACUACUUUUCCCAU